CAUCAAAAUAAAGACUUCCUCGUCACAAAUGCUGUAGUAGAAGAAGAACGGAUUCGACGAAGAAGAUCCGCCAUUGUUGAGUUCUUUGGCUGCUUUGGAUUUUUGUUCCUUUUCACGCCGAGUUUUCUUGUUUAAGUAGUUAAAUAUUCGGUUUAUUUUACGUUAAAUCUGGGUGGCAGCUGUCAGAAAGUGAAAUAAUUUCAAACAGGAUGUCCUCGUUGCUUUUUGUGACCGGAGGCGAACCGGGUUCGGACCCUCAGAUCAGUUCGGACAUGGAGGUUCUCCGGACGCUGGUCAACCGGAGCCUGACGACGGCCGUGGACGAAAUUCUAGACGUGUUCGGGAAAACUCUGCUCCAGUACAGAGAGCAAAUAGAACAACAGCGCCGCCAGCUGGAUACUCUGCGAGCAGCAGACCAACUGCAAAUUUCCUCCUGGAUUAAACCCUGUCCCGAAGACCAGAUCCUCAGCGUGGCAGUGGAGCAGACGGAGAUCACAGAUGAGGCCGAUGUCCACCACUCCGCUCUAAAAAUCAAGACCGAAGAUUGUGAGGGCAGCUGCAGCGCAUCCCAGCCAGACAGCAACUCUGAUCCACAUUAUGGUCCAGAAUCUGCAUCCGACAUUGGGCUCCUCACGGACCGUUCUGAACCCGAGGAUCGUGGUGACUGGAAAGAGGCGCAUGGACUGUGGAAGUCUGUGGAACCAGCUGAAGCAGAAGGACAAAGUUCUCUGUCAAGUUCAGCGGAGGAGUCGAGCUUUAGCUGUAAGGUUUGUGGCGAAUUGUACCACAGGCGGCAGUACUUACUGAGCCACGCGCAGACACAUUUCAGCGACUGCGGUGUGUGCGGUGAGCACGUGGUGCACGGCGAGAAUCUGAGGCAGCAUCUCAAAGUUCACAAACAGACGCACAGCUGUAACGUUUGCGGUCAGAGCUUCACACUGCGCAGCAACCUGACUAUGCACACACGGAUCCACACCGGCGAGCGACCGUACGGCUGCACUGUCUGCAACAAACGCUUCAGCAGGAAGGCGUCGCUGGUGCGGCACGUCCGCAGCCACACCGGCGAGAAGCCGCACAUCUGCACGCACUGCGGCCGCAGCUUUGUGGAAAAAGGCAACCUGACCGUGCACUUGCGACUGCACACCGGGGAGAAGCCGUACAACUGCAUGACCUGCGGGGGGCGCUUCAGCCAGCUGUCCGGCUACAACAAACACCCCUGUCAGAAAAGACACAAAGACCCCAAGUGAUCUUUGACCUCUUCAAGCAUCUGACUCAUCUGUCCGUCUGUUGCGGCAAAGUGCCUGAACGUUUAAUUAAUCCACAACAUGGAUAAAAAAAUAAAUAAAACACCAAUGAUCAAACGAUUUCUAACAUUACAAAAUGUUUGUUAAAAAGAGUCUUGGAUACUUCAAUAUGCAAUAUAUUUAUUACAGUUUGUAGUAAUUUUACUUUAAUUUUUGACCCUUUUAACAGUGAAAUGUUACUGUCCAUUGCUGAUGAUGAUCUACAUUUUGUAACACUGCAUUUCUAAUCACACAUCAGAACACGCAGAUCCAAAUUGUUUGACCUUGUAAUUCCAGAGGAAUAGAGACAAACCCUGAGUAUUAUUAUUAAAUUAGUGUUGAAUUUGUCCCUGAAUUCUGCAUCUACAACAUAUUUUACAUGCAAAAGCUGUGAAAAGGUAUUUAUUUCUACUUUCGGGAUUUCACAUUUGUUUUUAACAUUAAACAGAAAAAUCCAAGUGUUUGAAUAUGAAUUGGAUCAGGUUUCAACAAAAACCACUGAUGACCAAAGAGACUCCAGAUCAUUUAAAUUAUUCUCCCCGGCAGCUAAAGUUAUUACGAUUAUUAUUAUUUCUUGUUCUUACCAAAACCAGUGACACCAAUCAGCCACACGCACAAACAUUAAUAUUUGCUGUCUCCAACUUAUGAUCUUUCCAGCUGUAAUUUUUAAAAGCAGAAUUGUGAAUAUUAAUGAAAUCCCAACUUGGUGAGGUCAGUAAUACAGCUGGUUUUUAUUUCCACAUGAAGCAUGUGAAGUCAAAUGCUUCUCUCGAAUUUUUUUUUAAUAAGCGUGCUCAAACUGCCACUGUACAAACCACAGGACCACAUGGGCAUCUAAGUUUAAAUUAUUAAUUUCACUUUGAAAUGUAAGAACAUUUUUUAAUUUUGUGAAAAAGCUUUUUUUUUCCCACCACAGCAUCAAAAAGUUUGUGUGUCUGUUAGAAUCUCAAACACACGAUUCAUUUGGCUGUAUCUUUUGUAACACCUCCAAUUCCAUGUUAUCUGUAUUUUGGACAAACUGCGCCCCCACCUGGGCCUCUGCAUGCAUACAGUCUGGUUCAGACAGACGACUGGGCCUUUGGCAGAAGUCUGCAGUCUGACCACCUGAUUGUCCAUUUCAUUUGGAUUUCAUUGUCUGUGUGUGAGAAUUAACAAC